CAGACACAAGCGUUUAAACAGCUCUGUCAGCCGAAGAUAUCGGAUGACUAUGUCGGGCUUGGGAUGCUGAGCUCACCUGGAGGUCUGAUGAUGAUGCUGCUGCUGCAAGGCAGCCGACCUGACCCUCAGCUUUUUAUCGUCAACGCCAGGCUCGAUUGGACAUCCCUAGGAUCCGAAAUGAUAUCUCAUCGUUCCCGAGGUGAACCAUGGCAUAAUUAACUAUGAUGGGUUGCAUAUUGGGAGUGUCAAAGCACAGGUAUUUGGGAAGUGACGUCAUCAGCCCCGGAAGGCGGACGGGGUGCUUGAGAGAGCAAGAUGGCAGCGAAAUCUGAUGGUGUGGGGCUCGCUACCGGUUUCGCCCAGCUACACAACCUGGACGAGGCGGUGGCGGGCUGCGACGAUGAUGGCUUGGACAGCACCGCUAUACACAUCUGCCACUGCUGCAACACCUCGUCCUGCUACUGGGGAUGUCGAAGCGCCUGCCUGCGCUCCGUCUGCAUGGGGAAUCGGAACGGAGGCAGGCGGCCGCAGCAGGGCGAGCGCCUGUGGCUGGACUGCCUCUGGAUCGUUUUGGCAAUGCUAGUCUUCUUCUGGGAUGUAGGGACGGACCUGUGGUUAGCCAUGGAUUAUUACUCCAAACGGGACUAUCUGUGGUUCGGGCUGACCCUUUUCUUUGUGCUUGUACCAUCGGUUCUGGUCCAAAUCCUCAGCUUCAGGUGGUUCGUGCAGGAUUAUACGGGGGGCGGUUUGGGGGCAGUGGAGGGUCUGAGCAAGAGAGCCACCGCUGGUUUAAGCACGGGCAUCUACGGCAGGGACAGAUGCUGCCAAAUAUCUGUGUGGAUGUGGCAGAUUUUUAUACACAUCAUUCAGAUGGGACAAGUGUGGAGGUACAUCCGCACCAUGUACCUGGGCAUCCAGAGCCGUCGGCAACAGGAGCACCGGCGGCGCUUCUACUGGGCCAUGAUGUACGAGUACGCUGACGUCAACAUGCUGCGCCUGCUGGAGACUUUCCUGGAGAGCGCCCCCCAGCUGGUGCUGCAGCUCAGCAUCAUGAUCCAGAAGAACCGCGCCGAGACCCUGCAGUGUGUGUCCUCUGUGGCAUCACUGAUGUCCUUGGCCUGGGUGCUGGCGUCCUACCACAAGCUCUUGCGCGACUCGCGCGACGACAAGAAGAGCAUGAGCUACCGUGGCGCGCUCGUCCACAUCUUCUGGCGCCUGUUCACCAUCUCCUCGCGCGUGCUCUCCUUCGCCCUGUUCGCCUCCAUCUUCCACAUCUACUUUGGCAUCUUUGUGGUGGUGCACUGGUGUGCCAUGGCCUUCUGGGUGGUGCACGGCGGGACGGACUUCUGCAUGUCCAAGUGGGAGGAGGUGCUCUUCAACAUGGUGGUGGGCAUCGUCUACAUCUUCUGCUGGUUCAACGUGAAAGAGGGCCGGACGCGCUACCGCAUGGUGUCCUACUACUUCCUGGUGCUGGCGGAAAACACGGUGCUCACCUGCCUGUGGUACGCUUACCGCGACCCGGCCACCACGGACUCGUACGCCGUGCCGGUGCUGUGCGGCGUCUACAUGAGCUUCGCCUCGGGCGUCUUCUUCAUGGGCCUGUACUACGGCGCGCUGCACCCUAUGGGCCCGCGCGUGCGCCUGCAGGACGGCUCGUGCUGCGCCGAGCUUCUCUGGGGCAUGCCGCUACCCCCCGAGGCCGAGCCCAUGGCCCCGUCGCAUGCCACGCCCAGCCGACGCUCCAUGGGCGGCGGCGAGGGCGUGCAGACGGACGAGGACGAGGCCACUGACACCUGCCUGCCCGUGUUCCAGGUGCGCUCGCCCGAGCGGCCCACGGGCUCCAGUCGGCACUACCGAAUAGAGGGGCCGCUCAUCAAAAUCGACAUGCCCCGCAAGCGCUACCCGGCGUGGGACGCGCACUUUGUGGACCGCAGGCUGCGGAGGACCAUAAACAUCCUCCAGUUCAUCACCCCCACGGCAGUGGGCAUCAGGUACAGGGACGGGCCACUGCUCUAUGAGCUCCUGCAGUACGAGUCCUCCCUGUGAUGGCCGGCUCUCUCGCCCUGACCCCCCCCCUCUCUCUCCAUCUCUCUGUCUGUCUUCUGUCUACAUUUAUAAUUGCCAAUCUCAGUUUUUUCUCUCUUUCUCUGUCAUUUUCUUUAAAUUGAUUUUUUAUCAAGCAGUUAUACUUUUUCUGUGACAGGUAUUCAUUUUUCUGUGCCAAACAGAAGAUGGAAUGUCAUUCAAGUUCAAGUUAUGUGAUUCUUCUGUGUAGGUGAAAAAAGGGAAAACAUGUUGCAGAAGUGUUGCACAGACAGCUUUUUAUCAUUCUCCCUGUGGGUAACUGUGAGUGUAAAUAUUUUCUAUAUGUAAAGUCUAUUAUUGUGUUUUUGAGGUCUCUGUGUUUAAGAAGACAUAUGUGGUUCCCUAUCAGGGCGAGCUAUGUCUCUCUCUUUCUCAUGGGGGUUGCAGUCAUACAGUUUGUUUCCUCCUGCAUGGGAGAGGAUUCUGUAUGUGCUUCUCUGAUUGGGGGGAGGGUCUGUAGGGGCUCAUUUGAUUGGUGAGGGAAUUGUGUGUGCUCACCUGAUUGGAGGGAGGGUUGUAUGUGUUCACCUGAUUGGUGGAGGAAUUUUGUAUGUGUUCCUUAUUGGUUGUGUAUCUGUGAUAUUGGAUGUUUACAACCAGAUAAAGCUCAUUCGGUGGGAAUGAUGGAGGCAGCACAGAAGGUCUGUCUGUACACACCCCCAUUACUCAACUUGCGUUAACUGAGUGGGCCCCCAGCACAGCAUAACCUACAGUAAAUGAUCCAUAAAACUGUUAGAUAUCAUGUGUUCACCCCAGAAUGCCAAGAAACUGUAUGGAGGUAGAUUUCUUCUCAGUGAAAGCACAAAUUUGCAGGAUGCCUGCUGUUCUGUGAAGUCAAUACUGCCCUCUACAGGACAAAAACCUGUACUGAGGACUCACCAAAUUCCCCCCUUCUUUGACAAAUCACACUGGCGUUAUCUCUGCUUGCCUUAAUAAACCCUCCUGUUUCCGAGAGUAUAUCAUUCUGGAGUGAAAUGGAGAUCACUGAUAACUAUAUGUGGCACAACUGACCAUCUCCAGUUUAUUUUUCAAUGUAGCUCAGCACAGUAGAUGUGAGCUUUAGAAAAUCCUGGCCCUAAGCCAUGAUUGCACUGUAUGCCUAUACUUAUCAGAUCUCUUCUGAACAGUAUAGAGGGUUUGGGCCAAAGCUCUUAAUCUAAUCAUUUUUAUUUUAAUUAAAAAAUAUUUCUCCCUUAGCACAUUCCAUAGAGAUCAGGCGGAACAAAAUACAUAUAAAAUACUUAAUUUUAUUGAAAAACUACAUCAAUACUGACAUGUUUUUAAAAUGUACUGAAGCAGGGUCUUUGACAGAAAGCACAAUGUUAAAUCAAUGGCACAUAAAGUUGUAUGAUGAGGGAUUAUUAGUUCAUAUCAAAACUUCUUUUCUUGCAUACCAAAGGGCUUUCUUUAUUUUCUCUCAUAAAACUGAAAGCAACAACAGACAUUAAUUAAUUUGAAAGCAACCAAACUAAGAAAAAGCACAUUGUAGGCCCCUGUUUAACACUGUGCAGAGAAGUCCCCCAGCAUUCGAUGAAGACCUUCCAUUCUGAUCUUGUGUCCUCUCCAUCAUUCCCAGGCUCUUCCAUGUGUUCUGUGCCAUGUCACAUAUUCGGUUCUAAGUAUGGAAACUGGGCUCAUUUUUAAAGUAAUAAACUCAUAAGGUGCAAACGCAUGUCAUGGGUUCUCAAGGGGAACUCUGGCAUGAUCAGCUCUCAGAAAGGGAAAACAAUCUCAUUACUGUUAUGCUCACUGUACUUUUUUUUUUUCAUUUUCAUUUACAAAAUGUGUGAAUAUUUAAAAGAGAACUUUAAGUAGAGGUAAUAGUAGAUGUGUAUCUUUGCCUGAAUAUACCUGAAACGCACCCAGAGUCACUGGCAGAGUCACGACUACAGUGCUCUGCUCUCCUGGUCUGCUCUGUGGAGCUUCCAACCUCCCGGCACACACAGGGCUCACUGCCACUGGUAGUAUCCGCCAACAAGCCAAAACAUAACCUGGUUGGUUGACGUCGCUCUUACAUAUGCACCUGUUCACUUUUGACAAAAAGUGCAUUUGGCCCCUGUCACCAAAUGUGUGGGGAUAUCUGACGAACUGCAAGGUGCCAUGACAGUACCUCAAACUGAAUCAAAUGGUGCUAUAUUCCAACGGGGAAUCUCUGAUCGGGUCAUCAGUGUUCCGAAGUGUUCACCUGCUGUUCCCUUUAGUGUAUUUGAGAGCUCCCAGUGUAGCGCUGGGCUUCACCACUCUACAUCUUAGUAAAGUACACUUUUAAGUUUUUAAAGUAGUGCAAGCUAUGCAAGGGCAUGCCUUGCUGCUUCUGCUGGUGUGUUGUACUGUACCUUAGUCCUAUUUUUUCCUGUCAAAUCUAAAUAAGAACAAAAAUAUAUAUCAAAUUUACAGUGUUGAUUGAAAACCUGU